GAAAAAAAGAGAGACACCACGUCAUCCAUCACGUUAAAUCUAACUGCCGCCCGCCGUCCCGACUAGAUGAGCUGUUCCACACUGUACAAGUGCCAUUGGCUUCCGCCUUGGCCCCCCACCCCAACUCUUCCCUCUCUCUCUCUACGUACUACGCAGUACCUGUCUGUGUCUAUCUAUUUUUGGACAUGGUUUUCUUCUUCAACUUUGCUUCCUCCCUUCUGGUUCACCCCCCUUAACCCCAUUUCCCCUCCAUAGACAAACAAGUUCUCUCCAAAUCAAGCGGUUCAAAUUCUCCCUUUCCUCUCCUAAGCUCCCAACCAAAAUAUGCCUGCUUGGUGGGGAAGGAAGUCCUCCAAGAACAGCCCCAAAACCCAACAGCCCGAUUCUCCGUCCACCGUCAAGAAUAAUGAUGAUAAGAGAACGGCCGCCACAGCUGCCGCGGGCGAGAAGGAGCCGCAGCCACCCAAUAUUAGCUCCGAUGAGGUGGUCUCUGGAACCGUAGUACUAGCGAGGAAAUCGCCUAGAAGUAGCAGAGAGUUCUCUAGUGGUAGAGGGUCGUCUUCUGGAUCUUCCGGUUUUGAUUCAGCUUCCUCUUUGGACCGAGCGCUUCCGCUGCCGAAGCCGACUUUCUCAAAUGGACAUGGAGUUGGAUUGGGAUCUGGGUCCGAGUCCGGAUCCAGCGUUAGCUCUUCUGGCUCAUGUGAGGAUCAGCCUUACUCCGCUUCUUUCAGAGGAGCUGGAGACAAUAAGUUCAGACAGCUAUCUCGAAGCCCGGUUAGAUCAAGAGCAUCCACUACCACACCUUCACCGCGACAUCUGCGAUUUUCCAGUAGUAGUUUGGACUCCCCGACAGGGAAGUUGGAUGAUGGGAAGAGUGAAUGUCAUCCCUUGCCUCUUCCGCCUGGUUCUCCGACCAGCCCUUCCUCUUUGCCAAAUCUAAGAACUCCCGUCACCGAAUGCUCAACUGGUAAUUUGUCACAAUGGAAGAAAGGCAGGCUCCUAGGUCGAGGCACAUUUGGCCAUGUCUAUCUUGGAUUCAGCAAUGAGAAUGGACAAAUGUGUGCCAUUAAAGAAGUCAAAGUUGUUGCAGAUGACCAGACAUCCAAAGAAUGCCUUAAGCAAUUGAACCAGGAAAUUAUGUUGCUAAGGCAGUUUUCCCAUGCAAACAUUGUCCAAUACUAUGGAAGUGAAUUGGGUGAAGAAAUGCUAUCAGUUUACUUGGAGUAUGUUUCUGGAGGAUCUAUCCAUAAAUUGUUGCAAGAAUAUGGGCCAUUCAAGGAGCCCGUUAUUCAGAACUACGUGAGGCAAAUUCUAUAUGGCCUUGCAUACCUGCACACAAGAAAUACCGUGCAUAGAGAUAUCAAAGGAGCAAAUAUAUUAGUCGAGCCUAAUGGUGAAAUCAAACUUGCAGAUUUUGGCAUGGCUAAGCAUAUUAAUUCUUAUUCUUCAAUGCUAUCUUUCAAAGGAAGCCCUUAUUGGAUGGCACCUGAGAUAGUCAUGAAUACAAAUGGCUACAGCCUUGCAGUGGAUAUAUGGAGCUUAGGGUGUACGAUUCUUGAAAUGGCAACAUCAAAGCCGCCUUGGAGCCAAUAUGAAGGGGUUGCUGCCAUAUUUAAAAUCGGAAACAGCAAAGAUAUGCCUGAAAUUCCCGAUCACCUAUCCAAUGAUGCCAAAAGUUUUAUAAGGUUAUGUUUGCAGCGAGAGCCAUCUGCACGUCCUACCGCAGCACAGCUUCUAGAACAUCCUUUUAUUACAGACCAAAAGGCUGCAAGAGGAUUAAUCCCUGAAAUCAAUGUAAAUAAGGAUACUCAUUCUGGCCUCUUUGAUGGAAACCGCACCCAGCUAGCCAUCGAUCUACAUCCCAGCCGGAGCAACAUGAGGUCUCUUGAGGCCUCAAAUUAUUUAACGAGACCAGUUCUAACCGUUUCUAGAGCCAUUAUCAGCUCAAGGGAUACUACAAAAAGUAUAACAUCUUUGCCAGUAUCUCCCUGUUCAAGCCCUCUGAGACAACAUGAACCAGCACGCCGGAGCUGCUAUCUCUCCCCACAACACUCAUCGUAUCCUGUCACGGGCCAAAGUGGGUAUAAUACAAAUGACUACUCAAUAUUUGCAACACGGCCGAAUCCUAGAAGUAUACUGGACCCAUGGCUUGGGACACAUCAAUUUAGUGCUCAUACAACACCUGGAAGAUCCUCAAAAACUAGACCCAUUCUUUAGACUGAUCUCAAUUAUAGAAUGAAGAGGAUCUUCGGCUGCCCAGAUAAGUUUGGUGGUGCCUAUAGAAUCGAAGUGGGCGUGUGCAGUCUCCUAUUUAUGACCUGCUAAAUGGUGGUUGUGUGUGGUGGUUUUUCCUCGGAAAUUGGCAUGUCGAAAUUGUACUAUAGGCGAUGGUUUCGGCUAAUCAUGCCUCCAUGAUGCCUGUUGGUUGUAAUCUUAAAAAGCUCUCCCCCCCCCCCUUCUUUCUUGAAUUCAAAUGUAAAUGAAAUGAGUAAUCCUUGUGAGUAAUCCUUGUUUAUUUAGAUGUGUUAAGGCUAUGUGUAGUGCCUCACCAUCUCCUUGGCUUGACCCUCUGUAGAAUUGACAUGUAAGCAAGUUUCACGUACGAACACCCCCCCCCCUUCUCGGCGGCUUCUCGUGAGCGCUGCGCGUGUAGAGCGUGCUGGAUACGGCCCGCAGAAGCAAGGAAGAUGAAGGAGCCAAGAAGAGGAGAACAUUAGCAAGAUGGGUUGAACUUGAAGGCUGAAGCAUUCUUAAAGAAAGAGGGUGAAGUUGG